CCCUUGCCGUCACCGUCGCUGCGGCCGCAGCCGCUUCCUUCUUCUGGACCCGGCUCCUCGGCCCUGUCCCGGGGGCCCCGCCCAGGCGGCUGCGGCGCCCGGUGACAAGAAGGCGGAAGGGGCCGGGAUAGCAGAGUUCGCAAUGGGGCUCUUCGGAAAGACGCAAGAGAAGCCUCCCAAGGAGCUGGUCAAUGAAUGGUCGUUGAAGAUCAGAAAAGAAAUGAGAGUAGUUGACAGGCAGAUAAGAGAUAUCCAGAGAGAAGAAGAAAAAGUGAAGCGAUCUGUGAAGGAUGCUGCCAAGAAAGGCCAAAAGGAAGCCUGUGUCAUUCUAGCCAAGGAGAUGAUUAGAUCGAGGAAGGCUGUGAGCAAGCUGUAUGCUUCCAAAGCACAUAUGAAUUCUGUCCUCAUGGGCAUGAAGAACCAACUGGCUGUCCUUCGAGUGGCUGGCUCCUUGCAGAAGAGUACAGAAGUGAUGAGAGCCAUGCAAAGCCUGGUGAAGAUCCCAGAGAUCCAGGCGACCAUGAGGGACCUAUCCAAAGAGAUGAUGAAGGCGGGGAUCAUAGAGGAGAUGUUAGAAGAUACUUUUGAAAGCAUGGACGAUCAGGAAGAAAUGGAGGAAGCCGCAGAAAUGGAGAUUGAUAAAAUUCUCUUUGAGAUCACAGCAGGGGCCUUAGGCAAAGCACCCAGCAAAGUUACAGAUGCUCUUCCAGAGCCUGAGCCUUUAGGGGCGACAGCUGCUGCCGAGGUGGAGGAAGAAGAGGAGGAGGAUGAUCUUGAAGCCAUGCAGUCCCGAUUAGCAACCCUCCGAAGCUAGGUGGGUACGCCCACCCUGCCAGCAGCAAGUGGCUUUGUUUGGCCACCUGGUGGACACCCCGACUAGGAACUUUUCAUGUAUCUUCUUGAAACACUUUUGGCAUGUUAGGCCAUUACAGAGGGUUCUUUCUACUGAUUUCUGUUGAACUCCCUACAGAGGGGAUGGGGUUGUCACAGGUGUGGAAGAGGGGAUAAUUAACCUGAGAUGAUUGUUGUCAUGUUAGUGUAAAAUUUCCAGAUAUAAAAGUGUUUAGAGUGGAGAAAAAUUCCUUGAAGCAAGUAGAGUCUUCCCACAAAGCACUUUUAAGUAUUCUGCUGCCUGAAUGUUAAGUAUUCUGUACAUUUUUCUGAUAAACACUAUAAAUGGAUUUUAAUAAAUUUCUGCUUUAA